GAAUAGUAAGAGUGUUCAAGUAUUUAUUGCACUUUAUUGCUUCCUGGAUCAUUUAAAAGCAGUCACUGACAAACAACGAUUUACACAGGCUUGAAAGUUUGCCUCGGAUGUACUGAGCGGUUCUGUAUUUCAAAAUGCAGGCAUAUCUUCUUUCCCAGCAAUUUAACAUCAGGCCUUUGGCAGAGAACUCCACGGCUUGUCCAGCAAAUGCUACUAUUUGCAAUGGCACAUCUUGUGUAUUACCGGAAGAUAAUUUUAAUGAAACUUUGAGUGUAGUUUUAAGUACUGUUCUAACGAUCAUGCUGGCUUUGGUGAUGUUCUCCAUGGGUUGCAAUGUGGAACUUAAGAAAUUCUGGGGCCACAUAAAAAGACCCUGGGGUAUUUUUGUGGGUUUCCUUUGCCAGUUUGGGAUUAUGCCUCUCACAGGCUUCUUGCUGUCCCUGGCCUUUAACGUGCUUCCUAUUCAAGCUGUUGUGGUGCUGAUCAUGGGAUGCUGUCCAGGAGGCACAGCCUCCAAUAUCAUCGCCUACUGGGUGGAUGGAGACAUGGACCUCAGCAUCAGCAUGACAACUUGCUCCACGCUACUUGCAAUGGGAAUGAUGCCACUUUGCCUCUUUAUUUACACCAAGAUGUGGACUGAUGCAAACGCAAUUGUACUCCCCUACAACAGCAUUGGAAUUUCACUGGUAGCUCUUGUAGUUCCUAUUUCAUUUGGAAUAUAUGUUAACCACAAAUGGCCUAGAAAAGCAAAAAUCAUACUUAAGGUCGGUUCCAUUGUGGGAGCAAUCCUCAUUGUGCUCAUUGCUGUGGCUGGGGGAAUACUCUAUAGAGGCUCCUGGAUCAUCUCACCCAAAUUAUGGAUCAUUGGAACCAUAUUUCCAGCAGCUGGCUAUUGUCUGGGAUUCUUUCUGGCCCGCUUAGCUGGUCUGUCUUGGAACAGAUGUCGUACAGUGUCUCUGGAAACAGGCAUGCAAAACACUCAGCUAUGUUCAACUAUAGUACAGCUCUCAUUCACUCCUGCACAACUUGAACUGAUGUUUACUUUCCCACUCAUCUACAGCAUUUUCCAGCUGUUGCUUGCACUACUAAUUUUAGGAGGCUACCGUAUUUACAGAAGACAUCGGGUCAAAACAAAGACAGAUAUCGAGAAAACAGAGCAAAAAGAGGCUUCAAAAUCAACAUCAUCACAUGCUAACGUAAAUGGAGGAUUUGUACCAAAUGAAGACAAAUAGACAAUUAUCUCUAUUCUCACCAGCUAAAAGAUACAUGGUUUACUUAAAACUAUUUUUUCACAUGCCACUGCUUUAUGGAAAUAUUUAACAAAAAGAAGUUCUGUUGAUAUUGUACAGUAAGAUUUUAAAAUUAUUAAGUUAUGAAAGAUUUCUACUUUGAUUUUUAACAUGGUUUCUGCCACGAUUGUUGAAUCUGGCUUUGAACCUAUUCCCUAAAAAAGAUAUUUAAUGGUUUUUUUAUGGCUUAUUUAAAGAAAGGCAGAAUAAAGGUGGGCUAUUGCUAAAAAAACAAGCAGAUAUUUGCAUUACCAACACCAGCCAUGAUCCUGCAAAUCCGUCUGCUAGUGUUAGCUCACACAACAAAGAGAACACUUUUAAAAGUGCCCUAAGCAGCAACAGGAUUUGAUGUGGAAGAUCUGAUAAGGCUGGAGUACUUUCACUGGACAUGAAUCAACCAUGAAAUUGGAACAAGCUAAUAAUGAAAUAAAGUUUCAUGUAGGUCAGCCUGGGCAGACUAAAGUCAUUACACUGUACUAAUUGGUUGAAGCAUUAAUUUGCACUAAAGCUAUGAUUUUAACAAGUGCAAGGUACCUUAGAACUAUUUUUCUCCCCUAAAGUAAUAGAAAGUAACAGCUUUGAAUCUUCAGUCUUCUAGGUGCUGGAAACAUGAACAGAGAGAAAGCUGAGGGCAUAAGCCUAGAGCAAUUUUAGUGUGACAGCUGCAUACAGACAAGCAGGCUGAGAUUUUGGAAGUGUAAGAAAUUAUCAACUUCUGCACUGAAAGGGAGGCAUUUGAAAGCAGAACAAAAUUGUCCCUGAUUUGCCCAGGGGUUUCACAACUGUUAACAGAAGACAAUAAUGUUUGUAGAGAGUUAGUUAUAUAUUCUUGUUAUUCCAUGAACUCAAUAAAUUUGAAUUACCAGGUGUCUGCAACAUGUAGACACUGGUGUAGUUGAUAAUUUUAAGAUUUUAACUAUAUGAACCACAGACAGAAAUAAUUGGAUGUACACAUACAUUAUUUGUCUUUGAAAAUUCAAGAGUACAUAUGGAAAGCUGUCUUAAGCCUGUGGAGAAAAUGAGUUAUAAUUCUAGGGGAAAAGUACAAAACAGUACAAAAACUAAACUUUUUGUGGCGGUAAUUUUUUUAUGGAUACACUCAGUAACAUUAGUCCUGUACGUUUUAUGUAAAGAAAACAUCCAGAGAACUUCAGAUGAAUGGGUGAGAGGUUGGCUGACCAAAAACUUCAAGAAUGAGCCAACUAUCAACACAUGGAAACUAUACACUUCUUUGUCAUAUUCAGGUGGACCUUCUGAGGUGUUGUGAAUUAAUGUGGCAGGUUUUUUACAAACAGAACUGAAAUGGUGGAAUUUAAGUUCCCUACAUGUAGCUUUCUACUGCUGCAGAAAUGUGCCCAGUAUUAAACAAAGCAUAAAUUAUUACUACCUACCAUAUGUGGGGGAAAGAGUCUCAAAAUGUUCCUGAGUUCUGGGAGGCUUGAAGCUGCUUCACUUUUGGGGGAGUUGAGAGUGGUCAUAACCUCCAAGGAAAAGUUUAACACUUGGUGGGAGGUAGCACAUAAUGAGGCAUGCUGUAUUUUAUAGAACGAAGAUUAAACAGGAAAAUAUAGUGAAGUCUGUUAUGGAAUAAUCAUAAAUGUGCAACAGCACACUCAUGGAGAAAAGGAUAAGUUGCUAACAUCUGUAGUAAAAAAGCUAUUGUCUUUAUCCUGCAUCCAUCAAAGAAAACGGGCAGCAAAAGUUAGUUCGGGUCAUGCCUUUCUUACACACCAUGCUGCUACUCUUUCCCCAUGCUAAACUUCAAUGCUUCCAUGCAUAUUUUUAAAGCAUUUUGAAAAUGUAUUGAAGAAUAAUAGUUUGUCUUGCUCAUACUCUGUGUGUGUAUUUAAAGCAACUGUAUAAACACUGAACUGAAUAAAGUCAGAAGCUAUUUAUAA